GACUGGUGGCGUUGGUGAUUUAUCUUGUGUAAGUAAAGGUGUAGUAAAUAUGUUAUAAAUGUGUUUCUAUGUCAACCUACCAGAAGAUGUUCAAUAAUAUGAGCACAUAGAAGUUUAUAAGUGCAUUGUAUGUCGUUAAAUGUGCCGAUGGUGAUGUCAAGAGGUAUGAUGUUGACUGAUUUUGUCACCAUGCGCUGCGCGUUGUGAGACGAUUGCGGAGUUACUAAUGCGCGUCGCUUUAAUAACCGUCCGGUCGGGAUACGUUCCGUUGUGAUCCAUGUUUUAUAUCAUUUGUUGUCUGUCCAUUGUUACAGAGAUGAUGUUUGUUUUUGUUACUUUAGUGCUCUAUGGUGUGGGUGUCUGUGAACACCAAAAGCAUUUGAGCUAGCACCGUGAUACGAGCUGUGAGUAUAAGAGUUACCACUGCGGUUUAUUUAUGUAUUAGAAAGAUAGAAUUGAGUUCAGACACCUAAAUUGAUUACAAAUUACUUUAACACUUCUCUUAAACAUAAAGAGAACUCGAGAAAUAAAGAUCCCGAACUCUAGUGUUGCGUCUGGUUUAUUAUUCAAUUUCACCGGCCUACACAUUUUGGUACCAGGAGUGGGGUCUCAAAUUUGGAGAGUUAACUAGGUGUUAAAGUACAUAAAUAACCGUAGUGGUAACGUGCAGUCCCGGUGCAACGCGACGAGGAGUCCUGCCUGGAGUUGCUGUUGAGGACCAGUGACCAGGUGGCUGAGAUCCGAAGUUCACCGAGGACGGAGAGGGAGAAGGUCGCUCCCGGAGAAGAAGAAGCAUUCAGCAGUUCUACCUCAACCUGCAGGCUUUCAAGUGACUGGAGUGGAGCUAAGUUGGCACAGAGACAGUCACCAUGUCGGAGAGAGACCUUGAGGAAGAGCAGAACUUCGAAGAAGGGACUGAUGCUUUGGAACAAUUACAGGCACAGUUUGUCGAACUGAGUGAGAGACAUGACAAAGCCAUGGAAGCUAUCGAUGCAUUGAAUAAGGGUGCAAAUAGGUCAUAUGUCUAUGUUCCAAGAGAGCGCCAGAUCCAGCCCUUUAGUGGCGAUGCAGUCAAAGAUGGUCGCUCUAUUGAUGAGUUUAUUGAGGAGGUAGAUCGUAUAAUCAAGGCCAGAGGUCAGAGUCCUGAAGACGGGGUUGAUUUCAUUCUAUCUCUUUUAAGAGGCUCUGCAUUAGAGGAGGUCAGACUUUGCACAGAGGGGGAAACAAAAGGGCCCAGUGAGUUGUUCACCUUGCUACGGGAGGCUUACUCAGAGAAACGUAGUGUAGCCCAGCUGUUACACACCUUUUUUGGUCGCCAACAAAAGGAGGGUGAAGAUUUUCAGGAGUACUCACAUGCACUCUCCCAAAUUUUACGGUUAGCCCUGAAACAGAGACCAGAUGCUGUGUCCGAUGCUAAGAUAGCUGUCAGAGACCAAUUCAUUGAAGGUGUGCGAGAUCCCUCUCUUAGAAGAGAGCUACGUAAAAUGGUUAGAGGAAAGCCCCGGUCAUCUCUGUUCGAGGUACGUGAAGAGGCCAUUGCCUGGUCAUUUGAAGACAAAUCCUGUGACACCAAGGUUGCUAAGAGCAGACAGGUAGUGUGUGACAGUAUCAGGGGAGAGGGCCAGGGCUUUGGAAAUUCGCAAGAGAAGAAUACAACUCUAGAGGACAUUGUUAAGGUGGUCUCAGAACAGAGCAGGGCUAUAGGAGAGCUGACAAUUGCAUUAAAAGAGGGUCUUGCUUUCAAGGAGAAUUAUAACAAAGAUCAGGGUGGGAAGCCCAGGCUAAGGCCCCAGUUUACAGAAGAUGGGAAGCCCAUUUGCUUCAAAUGUAAAGGGGAGGGACACAUCGCAAGGGAGUGUACGCGACGCAGACCAGAAAACCAUCCAGCGACCAACAAUGCUUCUAUUCCGGAAAACUAGCGACCUCGGAAGCCAAGA